AUCCUUUUCUAUUUUCUCUGUUUUUCUUGAGUCGUGACAAGACUCUCAUAGUCUCCUCCCCCUCCUAAUAGCAAACAGCUUACCUCCACCACCACUCACCCACUCCACUUGUUAUACUUUGUUUUCUUCUCCAACCCCCUUUCUCCUUUCUCUUAUUCAUUUCAACAUUUCCUCAAAACCUUUCCAUCCACAAACCCUUUUUAACACACCAUCACCAUGGCUGCUGCUGCUGCUAACAUAAUAAACCCACUUAUUCUCUCAUUCUCAACCCUCUUCCUGGUCUCCAUUCUUCUCAGCUUCCCGGCGACAACAACUUCGGAUAAUCCCUGCGCAUAUCCAUGUUAUCCUCCACCUACCGGCACCGGCAGCACUACUCCGGUGACCACCACAACACCGCCUCCGCCGUCGACUCAAACCGGCUCAUACCCUCCUCCUCCGACCGUCUACAAUAACCCAACUGGAUCGGGAUAUUCCUCUUACAACCCUCCUCCAUCCACUUACAAUGGUGGUGGUGGAUAUGGUUCUGGUGCCAAUCCCCCUCCUGACCCCAUCCUCCCCUAUUUCCCAUUCUACUUCAAAAACGGUGCUCGCGGAAACGGAGACGCUUCAUCAGCAACCCCCCUCAUUACAAGAUCAUCCACCCUCUUCAACACUAUUGCCACCACCAAUAUUCUACUUGUAUUUGUCUUCUUCUUUUUUCUCUAGUUUUCUGUAACAAUCUUCUUCUUCUUCUUCUUCUUCUUCAUCUUUUAAUCAAUGAAUUAGCUAGCUGGAGCAAUGUCACAAUUUGGGUGUCAUGAUCAAAUAUCAUCAUGUUUUGGUUUAAUGGAUAUCAAUCAUGUUAAAUAUUUUUAUGGUACAUGUUUCAUGG